GGGCUUCGAUUCUACAACAUCCAGUCGAAUUUUCUCAGUGCUAAUUCAACCGUAUCUGUGUAUCCAUUGCUAACCAAACUUUAACUAACACCGAAGUGUAAAUAAACCAAUUCAAUCUGGCCGCAGUGUACGUCAGUCCUAAGCAAAUAUUAGAUGGACUGUAUUUAUUCGGAUAUUCCGGACGAAUUGAUCGUGCUCCGGCCAAGAAAAUGAAGUUUUCGCGGAGUGAGCAAGUUUAAACGUGCGUUCGGGAAUAGUGCAAAGUACCAUGGAGAGUUUGGUCUUAUUAAUGACUGUCUGGAUUGCCAUUGUUUCUGGAGGAUUACCACCGGUUAUAAGAAUUGGGGCGAUUUUCACUGAGGACCAGAAAAAUAGCAGCUCUGAGUUGGCCUUCAAGUAUGCUGUUUACAAAAUUAACAAGGAGAGGGAAAUUCUGCCUAACACGACUUUGGUAUACGAUAUUCAAUACGUUCCCAGAGACGACAGCUUUCGAACUUCGAAAAAAGCGUGCAGACAAAUGGAGUUUGGUGUCCAGGCGAUUUUUGGUCCGUCAGAUCCCAUUUUGGGCGCUCACAUUCAAAGCAUUUGCGAAGCACUAGACGUUCCCCAUCUGGAGGCGAGAAUAGACUUUGAACCUGCUUCGAAGCAGUUGAGCAUCAAUUUACAUCCCAGUCAGGACAAUAUGAAUCGAGCUUUUAAGGAUCUGAUGGCCUUUUUGAACUGGACGAAAGUGGCGAUUAUUUAUGAAGAAGACUAUGGGCUUUUUAAAUUGCAAGAACUGGUCAAGGCUCCUGGGACGGCUAAAAUGGAGAUGUAUAUUCGACAGGCGGGGCCUUCCACUUACCGGCAAGUCCUUAGAGAAGUGCGACAAAAGGACAUUUUCAAGUUGAUCAUCGACACGAACCCCCGAAAUAUCCAACAGUUUUUUAGGGCGGUCCUACAGCUGCAAAUGAACGACUACAGAUACCACUACAUGUUCACUACUUUUGACUUGGAAACCUUCGAUCUGGAAGACUUCAAGUACAAUUCAGUCAACAUAACAGCGUUUCGCCUAGUCGACGUGGAUCAUCCUAAAGUAAAAGACAUUUUGAGCACAAUGGAAAAAUUCCAACCCAUCGGACAUGCAAUUUUAAACAGAUCGGGGAUAAUUCAGGCUGAACCAGCCCUAAUGUAUGACUCUGUCUACGUUUUCGCCAAGGGAUUAGCCGCAAUGGAUUCAGGACAUUCCAUUAAACCCACAAAUCUAUCAUGUGAUACCGAAAAACCCUGGGACGAUGGCCUGUCGCUUUAUAACUACUUGGAUUCGGUGUCGAAUCUACACGGACUCACCGGAAACUUGGAGUUUCAAGAAGGCAAGCGGACGAACUUCAAGGUGGACUUGCUCAAGCUGAAGAAAGAGGAAAUCAGAAAAGUGGGAACCUGGACACCGGAUGACGGCAUUAACAUUACGGAUCCAAAUGCUUUUUAUGAUCAACAUGCGCCCAAUAUCACUUUGGUGGUCAUGACGAGAGAGAUUCCAACCAGUCAACCGACAAGACUGUUCAGCUUCAUGAACCCUUUAGCCGUCGAAAUUUGGAUUUACGUUUUAGCUGCUUAUGUCUCAGUUUCAUUUACCCUUUUCGUGAUGGCACGUUUUUCGCCCUACGAAUGGAACAACCCCCAUCCGUGUCAUCAGGAUUCCGACAUUGUAGAAAACCAAUUUUCGGUUUCGAAUAGCUUCUGGUUUAUCACCGGAACGUUUUUAAGGCAGGGCUCCGGAUUGAAUCCAAAGGCAACUUCAACAAGAAUCGUCGGGGGAAUCUGGUGGUUUUUUACUUUGAUUAUCAUCUCUUCUUAUACGGCAAAUCUAGCUGCAUUUUUAACAGUGGAACGCAUGAUUACCCCAAUUGAAAGCGCUCAGGACUUGGCUGAACAAACUGAAAUCGCCUAUGGCACAUUAGAAGGAGGAAGUACAAUGACAUUUUUUCGGGACUCGAAAAUUGGCAUCUACCAGAAAAUGUGGAGGUUUAUGGAGAGCAAAAAGAACACAGUCUUCGUCAAAUCGUAUGAAGAAGGAAUUAAUAAAGUGCUUCAAGGCAAUUAUGCAUUUUUAAUGGAAUCUACCAUGCUGGACUAUGCUGUGCAACGAGACUGCAACCUGACACAAAUAGGCGGCCUUCUGGAUUCAAAAGGAUACGGCAUUGCAACGCCUAAAGGCAGCCCAUGGAGGGACAAGAUUUCUCUUGCAAUUUUGGAGCUUCAGGAAAAAGGCGUGAUUCAAAUAUUAUACGAUAAAUGGUGGAAAAACACGGGCGAUGUGUGCACCCGAGAUGACAAAAGCAAAGAGUCCAAAGCCAACGCUCUAGGAGUGGAAAACAUCGGUGGAGUUUUCGUUGUUUUGUUAUGCGGAUUAGCCGUAGCGAUAUUGGUGGCGAUUCUGGAGUUCUGCUGGAACAGCAGGAAGAACGCCCAGACAGAUCGACAGUCGCUUUGUUCCGAAAUGGCCGAAGAGCUUCGAUUCGCCAUGAGAUGUCACGGAUCCAGGCAAAGGCCAGCUUUGAGACGAAGCUGUGCCAGAUGCAGUCCAGCUACCACAUAUGUGCCAGCUGCUCUGGAUUUGCCGCAUCUCAACGGAGAAGGGGGAGUUUUGCCUAUGAUGGACAUCAAAAAGUCUCCAAUAUCCUACGAUGUGGAUACAUAGCGACGACUACCUUCGGGGGCAUGUUCUACAUUUGCAUGCGCCCCAACAGCCAUAAGGGACUGUUGCGGUGGGCCUUCCACCUCUAUGCUUCCCCGUGCAGCCACUCUGAGCUACAAAUCGAGUCAUUUAGGUCCCGAUGUGAGCAUGAACACAAUGAAGUGUGCUACUUUAGGACGCGCAUCUUCGAUUCGCCGAUUCAUAUCAGUCGGAGGAGUAAAUUAUCAGGCUGAGAACAGCUCAGAGUCUUACGGUACUCAGCAGUGUGAUGUUGUGGUGACCAGGGGGGCAGGUGGACAGAUUCUGGUAUCAGGAACGGACAUUCCGGACAAGAUACUUUGGAAGUUUGACGAUAUAACUAAUAGUGGAGUUAAUAAUCCGGACGUGGUGAGUGGAAGUACUGGCAGGCUUCCGGACGCGGUGGUUAGCCGGACGACCACAUUGUGAUAUAUAGGUUAGGUAAAUGUGAACUGUAAAUAUCAAUUUUUAUAUGAUAUAGACAAAAAAACAAAGGCGAACAUUUACAAAAUGGGUUUGGAAUAUAGGAACUUUUAUAUUCUAUGAGAACACACAUUUUGCUCAAUGGCUCUUAGCAGCAGAACAGAUUCGAAGUGAAUUGAUGAAGUAUUUAUUAUAAAUCCAUCGCCAAACAGUGGAAGCGUUAAUAAAGUGCCAGGAGCAGUGAUAAUUCACUUUACUCGCAACGUAAUGCUAUCAUUUGGUAAAUGUUCGCCUUCUUGGUUCAAAUUCGCCCCAUUAAUUAAUAAAAUUCAAUUGUUGACUGAUAAAUAUAUUGGUGUAUACAAUUUAUGAAUAAGCAAAUGCGGAUAUUAACGUUAAAAUAUAAUUCAGUCUGUUUAUAAAUUACGUACUUAAUUGAAUCGGCUUUUAAAAACUAAUUUGAAAUGCAAGUGGAAGCAGACGUUUUAACCAAAUCCCUUGAUGAGGUUGCGGAAAACAUUUCACUAUUUUUCAGGUCACCUACUCCGAAACAUGCAACUAUAAAUCAUCGAUUCUUUACUACAUUUAGCACAAUAUUGACUGGCAUCCAAGUUUACGAGUAAAAGUUGGUCGUUUUUUGUCCGAAAACUUCUUGGCAAAGAAAAGCCCUUAACACUUAUUUUGCUGGAAUUUUUAAAUUGAUUUAUAUUCCCGAAUUCUUUGCCAAUGCUGUGGACGCGCUUUGAAAUUUAAGUCAUAAAUUAUUCGGCUUCUUAUUGGAUUGGUCGGGGUCAUCUUUUCAGACCCGCAGAAUCAGGAACGCUAUCUGGCAAACAAAAGGAAUACGAGCGGCAAGUAAAUAAGUUUUCUCAACCUCGACAAGUCAAUUGGAAUUCUAAAUUAGCGCUGUAUUCCUAUGCAUGGCUUAGUUAAGAUCUGUUAUAUUUAGCAACAAAUUUGCAGACAGAAACACAACAAAUCGGCCAAUUUGUUUACUGUUAGUUAAUGUUAAAUAUACAUUAUAUUUUAUUGGCAAAUAUUUAUUAAGUAACAACCAAUAUGUUAACGAUAACGAGUUGUGCCACUUGCUACAUUGAUUUAUAAGAUAUUUAAUUUAUUACUGUUGUUAAUUUGUAAUCGAUCAUAAAUAAAUAUUUUAAAAUUA